UACGCCUUAUUGUCAAAACAGUUACUACAUAACAUCAGCCUUAAACCCUAAGCCCACAUCAUCCUCAAAUCUUUCUCUAGCUUGAUAAACAAAAUGGCGGGUCUGAUACGAUCUCUAAAGAGAACUCAGCUUCUCUACACAACCGUUUUGCCUAACCCUACAAGACAAAAUAAAGCUCUUUUUAUAUUGAACUUAAACCCAACAUCCCAAACCACAAUAAGAAAUUACAUAUCAGAAAUGCGCAAAUCUGCCAUUGAAGGUAACAUUCUAAGACUUCUCCGUAGCGAGAUUCAAUACGAACUUGAACGCUCUCCUCCUAAACAGCCUUGGCUCUGUAAUGGUGUGCAUUCAUUUAGGCCCAUGACUCCUGUCCGGAUUAUGGGCGAGUCUAUGAAGAUGAUGGGCUUAAUGGUGUGUCAAAUGCCUAUUGCCAAAUUUAAUUCAUUCACAGUUGAUGAGCAAUCAGGAGAUCAGUGGAUCAGAUUGAACAGAAGAUUUGGGGAGAAUGAAGAUAUUAAAGUUGAGGCUACCAUGUUUGAUGGAUGCAUUCCUUUUUCAAAAGAUGGUGUUGCGGCAGGUGAAGAUGUUAAGCUUCACAUUUCCUUGAUUGUCAAUAUCUCCAAGGGUGAUGGUGAUGUGUUGGAGUUCAUGUGCUCUGCUUGGCCAGAUACCAUAGAGAUUACAAAGCUUUUUAUUCGAGAUGAUAACAAGAUGUCUGCUCAGCCUUAUGUUGGUCCUGAAUUCAAGGAAUUGGAUGACGAGCUACAAGACUCACUUUUUACAUACUUGGAGGAAAGAGGUAUAGAUGAACAACUGGCUAUUUUCUUGCAUGAAUACAUGAGAAAUAAGGAAAAAACUGAGUUCAUUGGAUGGAUGCAAUCUGUCAAAUCAUACAUUGAGAAGAAGUAGAGAUGUUUGUGCAAUGUUCUGGCUGAUAUUUUUGGUGUUAUAAUAGAAAAUUUUCCUUUUAAGUGAAUUGUCACUUGUAUUGAGAGGACAAGUUACAAAGUUAAUGAAUAAAUAUAAUUGGUCUGAUUUGUUGUC